AUGACUAUGUCCGGACUCUACGCCUUGGUGGCCCUAUUCCUCACAGUGGCUCUGCAGGGCUGUGGCAAUGGUGCAACUUACAGCAGCAUGGAGGAAGCCUUGACGCAGAUCUGUCAAGGGUCAUCAUGCGGUGCGUCGUGCAGGUGCUGUGUAUCAACUCUAUAUCUGAUGGGUGAAACCUGUGCCGCAGAUAUCGCCAAGGGACUAACACCACAGGACUCCCAGACGUGCGGUUCGUGCAUCAGUGCGUACACUGAAGGUUGGAAACCAGAGGAUUGCUUCACAGAGCGGAACCUGGGCCAUUGUGGCACUCAGUACUGGACCAACCAGAGGGGAGAAUGCCAAAAGUACAAUUCGACCUGUGGUGAAGGAGCCGUCGAAUCUGCGCAUGAGAUCGAUGAAGAACAUUGGAAACAGGUGAAUCAUGCCAUUGACCUCUUGUCGUCCGUGGUGGUAGCUGGUCACAAGCAGGAAUCACAGGAUUUAGCUGCGGAAUUGCGAUGCCACAUCCUGUCGUUGGGGCAAAAUGACAAAUUGUGGCAACUUCGGCUCUCCAAUGCUCUGCAGCAGGCUGAAGCCCUGCGGCGUGAGCUGAAGAAACACGAAACGGUCUUGGACCAGGUGCAGGGAGGCCUGGACUCCGCGCAGGCGGAGAGAGCAUCGCUGAUUGGGGAACUGGAGAUGAUCACCCAACAGCUUGGUGACCCGGAGACAGAGAAGUUGUGCUUGGAAAUGGAGGAAACGGAACAGCACUUGAAGGAGGUUCUGAAGGGUUUGGAAGUUGUGGAGGCAGAGAGAGCUUCACUGACGAUUGAAACCGAGGAAAGCGAACAAACUGAGCUGGAAGAGGAGGUCCUGAAGGAUGUGGAAUUGGCAGAAGCAGAAAGCGCCUCAACAACCACGGAGCCGGAGAAUGGUGGCAAAGAGCAGGAGACUGAUCACCAGGAGGUCAAUGAAGUGGCAAAGACUGAGGAGGCCAACGCAUGUCGGGCAGAAAGUCCUCAGGAACCACCAGCUGAGGCUCUGAAAGAGGUGGCAGAAGCAGAAAACGCCUCAACAACCACCGAAUUGGAGAAUGAUGGCAAAGAGCAGGAGACUGAUCACCAGGAGGUCAAUGAGGUGGCAAAGACUGAGGAGGCCAACGCAUGUCGGGCAGAAAGUCCUCAGGAACCACCAGCUGAGGCUCUGAAAGAGGUGGCAGAAGCAGAAAACGCCUCAACAACCACCGAAUUGGAGCCGCUUUGCAGCACAGCCAAGUUGUCAAGUUGUCGUUCUCGGUAUGGCUUUGAUUUCAUGCUGUGCCUUGUUGAAAGAUGUUCAGAGUGGGGCAGACUCGUGGCAAGGAAUGAUGGCAAAGAGCAGGUGGAGACUGAUCACCAGGAGGCCGUUGGAAUGAAAACCAAUGCUGGAUAG